CUCCUCCACUUCGUCACUCCUCCCCGGCCAUUGUUUGUGCUCGCGUGCUGGAAGUCUGUGGGGCUGCCUGUGGCCGCGUACCGGGCGGCGCUCUGUCGCCAUGACGGGCUCCGCUCCGCAGUUCGGAGUCGUGCUGCUGCUGGCCGUCCUGCUGCAGACCGUCCUCGUCGCCGUCACCGUGUUGCACUUCAGCACCUCGCUCAACGCCCUGAAGGAGACGUUCUCCAGGAGCAGCGUGUCGUGCCUGAAAGGGUGGGACCUUCAGAGCACGUCGGCGGUGCCAGACGAUCCGUGCUGGCAAGUCACGCAGCAGUUCCACCAACUCAUCGAGAAGUCGCUGUCGCAGCGCUACCAGAAGCAGAUCUCGUCGGCGGUCCGAGAUGAAGUGUCUCGGGUUCUGCCCUCGCUGGUGCCAGAGGGCGGCACGUCGCCACGGCCCAAAGUCGCCGCUCACGUCACCGGAAGCUUCACACCCAAAUUGGAGGGAGGAGGAGCAGGAGGAGGAGCUGUCUCCUCCGCAGGGGCGACGGUGGCCAUCCGGCGCGUUCACGGCCAAAAGAUUUCGUGGUGGGAGGGCGAGAAAGGUCUGGCCUUCCUGCAGGACGUCCAGCUGGUGGACGGCGAGCUGGUGGUGCCGCGGCCAGGCCUUUACUACGUCUACGCCCAGACCUACUUCAGACAUAGCCGCGCCCUGGACGAGGACGCCCAGGAGGACAGCGGCGAAGACAGAGGAAGGCCUCUCCUGCAGUACAUCUACAAGAAGGUGAGCAGCUACCCGGUUCCCAUCCUGCUGAUGAAGACCAGCAGGACCUCCUGCUGGUCCCGGGACUCCCAAUUUUCGCUGCACUCGGCCCACCAAGGGGGGCUCUUCUCCCUCAGCCCCGGAGACCGGCUCUUUGUCACCGUGACCAACGCCUCCGCCGUGGACAUGGAUGAGAAGAGCAGCUUCUUUGGAGCCUUCCUCAUCAGCUAGAACGCAAGGGGGCGCUGUUGCACUUUGAAGGCCUUUGGAGGAACCUGUCAAGCAAAACUUGGUGAACAUCAACGUUACAUGCCAAGGACGAACGCGGGAGUGGCGCCGAACGUCGACGGGAGAUGAGGUGGCAAUGGUCACGACUAUUUGCAAACUUUUCUUCGAAUUGAAAAAAAUAAAUAAAUCAACAAAAUGUCCUACCCAACUCGGCCACUAGGAGGCUCCCUUCCACAAAUGGUUUAUUUGUGGAAGGGAAUUCUUCCUUUUCAGAUGAUUGAUGCCAUCAGAAAGUGCUUUUCUCAAGCACUUCCGAGUUUUGAAGACACGGAUGCAUUGAGGAAAAGGGUGAUCUUCAAAUCUGUGUACUUACAAGAUGUUCGUAAUCAACCUUGUUUGUGCUUUGUUCAUGUUUGCCCGCUAAACGUGCGUGGAAUCCGAAACGAGCGAAUGGCUCCAAUUUUUUGCUGUUCACUGAAUAACUCGCCCAUCGCCAUUUGGUGACAAUCUUGGUGCUAAAGAAACCGUUUUUUUCCGUGACUCGAGGGGCUUCACUUGGACCAAAGUAGCCCUUUGCCACCAUCUUGUGUCAUCAACAGGCAACUUCAAACCCCCUUCAGAGUAGCGUGAUUGACUCGCAGAUUCCAAUUGUAAAGAGGAAGGGAGGAUUGCCUCUCAGAUGUAAAUAAAACGUGACUGUAAAUAUCUUUGAUCUGUAAAUAUGUGCAAUAAAGAUUUUGAAACUUUCUAACAAAA